CAAAGCGAGAGGAAGCGGAGAAGCAACUUCAUCGUCAUGUUUCACACUUAAAAGCGCUCCAGACUCAGAAGAUAAAUAGGAGUCGUUUGAUCAUCUAUUUUGAAUUUUUCGUGCUUGAAAAUGCAAUUCGCUUAAUGGUUUUCUGCAGCGUCAGGUCGGUCCAGCAUGCGGUUGUCCAUCAGAUCCACCUAUGGCAGAGCUGUGACUCUCACUGUGCCCCGGGGAGAGACAGUGGAGGGACUGAGGACACGCCUCUCCCAAAAAGUCAGGCUGCAAACAGACAGAUUUAUCCUGCUCCAUGAAAACAGGCAGCUGACAGCCGGAAAACUGUUGGAUCUGGGUGUAGGAGACGACAGCACGCUGACUCUGGUCCCUGCCAUGGAAGCUGGUUUAUUAACCAUUAAUGCACCUCUGUUGAAGGUUCUGGAAAGUUUAACAGAAGUUCAAGUUGAGGACUUCUUGUCUGGACGCUCACCUGUGACCGUUGUCCUGGGAAUCGGUGCCCAGAGGAUGCAUGUGCAGCUCCAACUCUCUGCACAGAAUGCAGCAGCGCAACCCCAGAACCUGAUGGCUCAGUACUGCAGGGAUUUGCACACGGGACCAGCUAACAGCACCAAUAUGAGCCACUCUGUAUCUGCCUCAUCCUGCAACACAGGCUUCCCUAAACCACCUUCUUCAAAAGCCCCUCCUGCAGCCAAGGACUCUACAUCCCUGCUUCAACCUGGCAGCAAAAAUCCCAGAAUGUCUUUUAACUCAUCGGACCCAACUUCCCACCUAUCCACUGGACACUCUCCUGUAAUCUGUCAGCACCAUUCAUCGCCACGUGACUCCUGUCACUCUGACCACAUUUCACCACCUGUUCUUCCAUCGCAGACUUUUCCUUCACUUGGUCCACAUCAGAACUGUCCAUUACAAGCAGCCACCCCUGUCUGUUCACCCGGUCCCGGACCCACAAGCCCAGUACCAGCUUCGACUGCCAAAGAGAGUACUGUAUCCAGCGCAGCGCUGCAGCAGACGGGCGCCGUCAUCCACAGCUUUGUGAGUCCAUCUCCAGGAAUCUUCUCCGGGACUUUCUCUGGCACUCUGGCACCCAGCAGUCAGAGCAUCAUCAGCCACCCUCAGCGUGGUGUUGCCAUUAUUCUUCAGAUCCUCGAUGAUCUCCUUAAAGCAGCGUUUCCACCGCGGGAUCCACCUCCCACUGCGCCCCAUCUUCACCGUACAGCUCCAAAUGCUCCAGUCAGCUCACUGCUCACAGCGGGGAAAUGCAGCAAAGCCGAAAACCAACCACUCGCGACAGAAGUGAAGCAUUGCUUCAUGGAUUCAACAGAAGAGAAUCAAAAGUUGAACUCUGAGAUGAACCGUUUCCGGUUUUUGAUGGACCAAAGGCGUCAUCAGAGGGGGACUUGUAAUAGACCAAAGCUCUCGUGCACAUCAGAACCAUACCAGCGUCGCAUCUGUCAUGCCUCUUCUGCUGAAAAAAAGACAAUCGUAAACCUUAGGUUGGAACCAGGAGCUGACCUCUGACCUGAUGGUGGUACAAAGAGGGGACGGGCGUAAA